AUGGAGUUCUAUCCAACGAUUGCAAUCCUCCUACUGGCGAUACUAGGGGUAUACACCCACCGGUUCGUUAUACGCCGUCAGCUCGCACGCCGCCACGGCUGUCAACCAGUCGCGAGAUCUGCCAGCAAGGAUCCUUUCCUGGGCCUGGAUAUAAUCCCCGGGACAAUCCGCGCGAUCAGGCAGCAUCGGAUUCUCGAGAGAGGUUUCCAGGAGCUGCACCAAAGUGCCAUCGUCACGAUCGAGCCUGAAAACAUCAAGACAAUUCUAUCGCUGAACUUCAAGGACUAUAGCCUGAGACACCGUCUCGAGCCAUUCAAACCGCUCUUGGGAGAAGGCAUCUUCAACACCGAUGGCGAACACUGGGCCGCAUCGCGCGCGCUGAUCCGGCCGAGCUUUGUCCGUGAACAGGUAGCCGAUCUAAGCCUGUUAGAGAACCUGAUGCAGGAUCUUUUGGUGUUGCUUCCGCGAGAUGGUACCACAGUGGACUUGCAGGCACUAUUCUUCCGCUAUACGAUUGAUUCCGCGACGGAGUUCUUGUUCGGCCAGUCUGUUGGCGCAUUGAAGAAAAGCCAGUCGGAACUCGCGUUUGCAGAGGCCUUUCACUAUGCCCAGAAAGCGAUUCCCGUACGGGGCAUGCUGGGUCCGUUGAAUGCGGUGUACCGUGAUCGAAAGGCGGACGAGUGUAAUCGCAUCUGCCGGGACUUUGUACAGCAGUUUGUCGACGAGGCUGUCUAUGCUGCUGAGGUGAGGAACGAAGGUAAGGAGACCACAACCACAGAAAGGAAGCGGAAGUAUAUUUUCUCGCAUGAGCUGGCGUCGCGCACGUCCGAUAAGCGGCGUAUGGUAGAUGAGUUGAUAAGUGUGCUCCUAGCCGGGCGGGAUACAACAGCCAGUUUACUCGGGAAUCUGUUCUUCAUGCUAGCGAAGAAUCCGGCGAUUUGGAAGAAGCUGCGUGCUGAAGUGGAUGUCUUGCAGAAUCGGCCACCGACGUAUGAGGAGCUUCGCGGGCUGAAGUAUGCUCAGUGCUGUGUGAAUGAAUCCCUUCGCCUCCAUCCUGUGGUGCCCCGUAAUCAACGCGAAGCGAUGCAAGACACGGUACUUCCACUGGGCGGAGGUGAAGACAGCCUCUCGCCUGUUUUUGUCCCAAAAGGAACCCUAGUCUGCUACGAUCUCUACGCUAUGCAUCGCCGCGCCGACUUCUACGGACCAGAUGCAGAAGAAUUUCGCCCCGAGCGCUGGGAAGAUGGUAAACUGCAGCCACGCUGGGAAUACUUGCCGUUCAAUGGCGGGCCGCGGAUCUGCCUUGGCCAGCGCUAUGCCUUGACCGAAGUGAGCUACGUUCUUGUCCGCAUGGUGCAAGAGUUCUGCGGGCUAGAGAGUCGGGAUCCGGGGCCAUGGGAGGAAGGUCUGGCUUUGACGCUUUGUUCGAGGAAUGGAACUAGAGUUGGGCUGAUUCCAUGA